ACAUAAAAGCUAACCAUGAAAAUAGAAGCAGCAAAUAAGAGUGCAACAGCAAUCAAAAUAUAUAACAUAUUCAAGGAACAGAGACAGAUUAAAAACAGCAAAUUAAAACCACGUUCCAAAUGGCUUCAGAAAAAAGGAGGUUUUAUCAGCUUCUGGGAAGUUAUCAAUAAAGAAGUGAGACGGGCCUGCCUUGGAAUGUCAAAAUUCUAUAAGCUCUCUGCUGCAAAUUUGCCUGCCUGCAUUAUCUUCCCACAGUCUCUAUGCCGUAAAACAGAAAUGAAGGUACACAUGCACACACAAUUUUGCUUCAUUUGUUUGCUGACAUUUGUCUUUCAUCAAUGCCACCAUUGCCAUAGUGCUAAAGAGGGCCAAAGUCACAACCACAGUGACUAUCAGAUCUCACAGAGCCCGUAUCUCCAGAAUGGAAGGACAGAACCUGCACCGAGUAAGGAAGCGGAAGUCAAGCAGAAAUACUACAUUGAAAAGCUCUUUGACCUCUAUGGUGAAAAUGGGAAACUCUCAUUUUUUGGUUUGGAGAAAUUGCUGACGAGCCUGGGCCUUGGAGAAGUCAAAGUAGUGGAAAUAAACCACGAGGACAUUGGCCACGAUUAUGUUUCUCACUUAGAUGUAAUAGAGGUACAAGAAGGAAAUCAUUCUCAUUCCCACAGCCAUCCCCAUCCCCAUAGUCACUCAGGUUCAGAAAACCAGACUGUGAAUGAAGGGUCUGCCAAAAAAUCCCGGAAGUGUGACCCUGAAAAAGAAGUGGCCGCGCCGUCUUUAAAGCACGACCACAGCAACCGCAGGCGCCACCACCCGCAUCGGCACCGCCACCACCCGCACCACCACCUUGACCAUAAUGGUACCCAUCACUCUCAUAACGAUUCCAUGGGUGCCAGUGAUCAAGGGGAGCCAAGUCAUGAGCCUUCCACCGAAACCAACACGACUCAGGAGCAGAGUGAGAAAAAGCCGCGCAAACACAAGAAGCGAUGGAAAGACAAAGCGCAGGACUUUCCUCCUGGUCAUGACGCCAACGAGCAGCAUGAACACAAUCAUGUUCACAAACAGGACCACGUCCACGACGCGUCUCCCCCACGCGUGCAGUUUCUUGACCACGAUAACGAUCCUUCAGCUACUCACGGGCAUCAGCAUUCAAAUCCUGCCAGUGGGGAUGGAUAUCGGCAUGCUAGCAAGCGUGAAGCCCCUCAAAAGCCGAAGCGUGCCGUCCGUUCAGCACACAGCCACAAGGACCAUCACGAAGAUGAACACCGUCACGAAGAGUGUUUAAACGUCACACAGCUGCUAAGGCAUUAUGGUCUUCGCCCCAAUUCUCCCAUUUCCCCCAACUUGUUUACAUACCUGUGUCCUGCGUUGCUGUAUCAGAUUGACAGAAGACUUUGUAUCAAACAUGAAGAUCUGUUGACUGCAGACUUGAGCAAAGGAAAAAAUGCAUCGCUUGAGGAUACAGAUAAAACAGGCGCAUCGGCUUGGAUUUGUGGCAUCAUUUCUAUCACAGUCAUUAGCCUGCUGUCCUUGCUAGGUGUGAUCUUGAUUCCUAUAAUUAACCAAGGGUGCUUCAAAUUUCUCCUCACCUUCCUGGUUGCUCUUGCUGUAGGAACCAUGAGUGGAGAUGCGCUACUUCAUCUGUUGCCACAUUCUCAAGGGGUGCACAACCACAGCCAUCACGAGGGACACGGUCACCAGCAUGAGCACCAGCAUCUUCACGGCCAUUCCCAUGGGCACGAUGGAAUGGUCCAGAGCUUCCUCGAAGAGUAUGAUGCUGUACUGAAAGGACUGGUGGCGCUUGGUGGGAUUUACCUCCUGUUCAUUAUCGAACACUGCAUCCGAAUGUUCAAGCACUACAACAAACAAAGGACUAAACAGAAAUGGUGUAAGAAAAAACAAAAGGUGGACGAAUCACCAAUUGGGAGGAAACUUUCAGAUCACAAGCUAAACAGGCCUGAUGCUGACUGGCUUCAGCUCAAGCCUCUGGCAGGAGCAGAUGAUUCUGUUUUAUCUGAUGAUCGACUUAACGAAACGGAGCUCACUGACCUAGACGGCCAGCUGGACUCCCUGCCAAAGGCCUUCCUGACCGUAGAGGAGGAGAACAGCAUGCUCCACGCCCACAACGAUGUCUCCCACGUCGUUCGAGACAACGACCUGCCUGACCCGGAGUACGAAAGCAACCACCGGAAGGAUAAAAGCGCUGUGAGGAAGCACAACCACCUCUGGUCGCACAAACACUCCCAUCAUUCCCACGGACACUGCCAUUCUGGCAAAGACCUGAAAGACACCGGGAUAGCCAAUAUAGCCUGGAUGGUAAUCAUGGGAGACGGCAUCCACAAUUUUAGCGAUGGCUUGGCCAUUGGAGCAGCUUUCAGUGCUGGCUUGACAGGAGGAAUCAGCACAUCCAUAGCAGUAUUUUGUCAUGAGCUUCCCCAUGAAUUGGGGGACUUUGCGGUGCUUCUAAAAGCAGGCAUGACUGUGAAGCAGGCCAUUGUUUACAACCUCCUCUCGGCCAUGAUGGCUUAUGUAGGCAUGCUAAUAGGAACAGCUGUGGGACAAUACGCCAAUAACAUCACCCUCUGGAUCUUUGCCGUCACGGCCGGCAUGUUCCUCUACGUAGCCCUUGUGGAUAUGCUUCCGGAGAUGCUCCACGGGGACGGAGACAACGAAGAGCACGGCUACUGUCCUGUGGGGCAGUUCAUCCUCCAGAAUUUAGGGCUGGUCCUGGGAUUUGCCAUCAUGUUGGUGAUUGCCCUUUAUGAAGACAAAAUAGUGUUGGACAUCCAGUUUUGACCAUUUCCAGUACAUU